AUGUCAUCUGUUGAGGAUGUUAUCCUUAUUUGUAACACAUCUGGAACUGGAUAUACACAAUUGUCAUGUGGCAUGACGCCUACACAAACAUCUGAUCCAGGUUCCUCUGUUGCUGAAGCUAAGUUGACACAAGAAGUUGAACAGCGUUUAAUAGAUAAACGCUCCAAAAGACAACGACAACGACAGAAUGUGUAUGAAAGUAAUUCUCAAAUGGUGAAUAACAGAAUGGCAGCAAUUAAUGGUAGUGCUGAAUUAGAUGAUGCUAUUGUAAGCAAUCUACUUACAAUGUUAGAUCAUUGCAAUGUGUUGGUUCAAAGUUUUCGUAUGGUGAGAGACCGAGUCAAGGAAAAUGAGUUAUUGGCAGUACAAUUGAUCAUUAAAUCAUCACGCAGCGGUGAUGGAAGAUUGCAGAAUAUGCCAACUGUGUCAGAGAUAGCUGGUUUAAUUGUGGGAAACAUUGAUGAAACAAUAGCAGUGCGGGAUAUUAUUGUUUAUGACCGCAAAAUGGGGUUGUCUAGAAUUAGUGAUCUUCACCCAAGUUUUAUGGCCAUGCAAUAUCCUUUACUAUUCCCGUAUGGUGAAGAUGGAUUUCGACUUGGCGUUCCAUUGGAAGGAGAGUCCAAAAAUUCAAACAAGAAGAGAAAAGAUGUAACAAUGAUGGAAUAUGCUGCAUUUAGGAUCCAACAAAGGUGUGAUGAAGGCCAUACAUUGAUUCUUUCAGGCAAACUAUUUCAGACUUACAUUGUAGAUAUGUUUACAUGUAUUGAAGAAGAUAGAUUGCUUUGGGUCAGACUAAAUCAAACAAAACUUAGAGCGGAGCUAUAUUGUGGCAUUAAAGAUGCAAUAUUCAGAGGUGAUACAGAUGGAGCACAAGUUGGGAAGAGAAUUAUCUUGCCUUCAUCGUUUACUGGAGGUAGUCGAUAUAUGACUCAAAAUUAUCAAGAUGCAAUUGCUUUGUGUCGUGUUUUAGGAAAUCCGGAUUUGUUCAUCACAAUUACUUCAAAUCCAAAAUGGCAAGAGAUUAAAUAUGCACUGGACGAGUUAGGGGGGCAAAGACCAGAUGAAAGACCAGAUAUAGUUGCAAGGGUUUUUAAAAUAAAGCUUGAUCUAUUGAUGGAAGACCUGCAAGCUGGUCAAUAUUUUGGGAAUAGCAUUGCUGCCGUAUACACUAUUGAAUUUCAGAAAAGGGGAUUGCCACAUGCACAUAUCUUGCUAUGGUUGGAUCCUAAUAGUAAAUAUCCAGAUUCUGAUGCUAUUAAUAAGAUAAUCAGCGCUGAGAUUCCCGAUAGAGAAACAGAUCCAGUAGGAUAUGCAGCAGUUGGACAAUAUAUGAUGCACGGUCCAUGUGGCAUAUUUAAUACAAGCUCCCCAUGUAUGAGAAAGGGAAAUUGCUCAAAACACUUUCCAAAGAAGUAUGUCAAUGAGACUGUAAUUGAUGAGUCAGGUUUUGCUGUAUACCGACGAAGGAAUGAUAAUAAUAGAUGGGUAGAUAAAAAUGGUACAAAGUUGGACAAUGCUUAUGUCGUACCUUAUAAUCGGAAUCUUAUUGUUAAAUAUCAAUCGCACAUUAAUGUCGAAUGGUGUAACCGAGGUAGGUCAAUAAAAUAUCUCUUUAAGUAUAUAACUAAGGGGCCUGAUCAUGCUUCCAUAUCUCUACGAUCACAUAAAUCAAGUUCAAGCGGUUCAAAUAACCAUGAAAAGACAGAUGAGAUACAAUAUUAUUUAGAUUGUCGAUACAUCUCAGCUCCGGAAGCAAUUUGGAGAAUCUACGGAUUUUAUAUACAUUACAGAAUUCCUACUGUGGAGAGGCUCCCAUUUCACCUUCCUGAUCAACAGUCAAUGAUUUUCAAAGACUCAGAUGAUCUUAAUGAAAUUAUUGAUAAUAUUCAUGCAAAGAAAUCGAAAUUUAUUAGCUGGAUGGAAGCAAACAAGUUGUAUGAUGAAAGUAAAACACUCACAUACUCAGAAUUUCCUUCACAUUUUGUUUGGUUAGCUAAUGAGAAACGAUGGAAAAUCAGGGAAAAAGGUCGUAGUAUUGGCAGGGUUGUUUAUUCUCAUCCAACUGCAGGUGAGAGAUUUUAUCUCAGGUUGCUUCUUAAUGUUGUAAAAGGACCUACAUCCUUUGAUGACAUUAAAACUAAAGAUGGAAUAGUUUAUCCAACAUUCAAAGAAGCAUGUCAAGCUUGGCGAUUAUUGAAUAAUGACCAAGAAUGGCAAUAUGUUUUGGAUGAGGCUUCUUAUGUUGCUUCUGGAAAACAAUUUAGGCAAUUGUUUGCCAAAUUAUUAUUGUUUUGUGAAGUUGUGAAUCCACAAAUAUUAUGGGAAAAUAACUGGAAGUAUAUGGCUGAAGGUAUAUUGGAAGAUCAGAGAAAUAUUCUUGACAUGCCUACCUUAACAAUGUCAGAACAGGAACUUCAAAGUUAUACUUUAGCUGAAAUUCAGUAUUUAUUGCUUGAAAAUGGAAGAAGCUUAAAAAAUUUCAAAGGGAUGCCUUUACCAGAUCUACAAAUAAUGCAGCAAUGCAAGCACAAGAUUAUUAGUGAAGAAUUAAAUUUUAUCAGGGGUGAGUUAAGAUGUGAAAAUGAGAAGUUUAUUCAAGGAAUGAACACUGAUCAAAAAGUUAUAUAUGACACUAUACUUGGGUCUGUAUAUAAAGAACAGGGAGGAUUAUUUUUCAUAUAUGGGCAUGGAGGAACUGGAAAAACUUAUCUUUGGAAAUCAAUUAUUUCUAAAUUACGAUCAGAAGGAAAAAUUGUAUUGCCAGUUGCUUCAUCAGGAAUAGCAUCAAUAUUACUUCCUAAAGGCAGGACAGCACAUUCUAGAUUUAAUAUUCCCAUCAUUCUAAAAAAUAAUUCGACUUGUGGAAUCAAAAUAGGUAGUCCUGAAGCUGAAUUAAUCAAGAUGACAAGUCUUAUAAUCUGGGAUGAGGCUCCAAUGGUCCACAAACAUGCUUUUGAAGCUGUCGAUAGAACAUUCAAAGAUAUAUUAGGAGCAGAAUGUUCUGAAAAUGUAAACAAACCUUUCGGUGGAAAGACAUUUGUGCUUGGGGGCGACUUCAGACAAAUACUUCCGGUUAUUCCAAAAGGAUCUAAACAUGAUAUCUUACAUGCUUCUAUCAGUUGUUCAUAUUUAUGGAGGGACUGUAAAGUUUUAACACUUACUAAGAAUAUGAGAUUGCAAACACAAGUGAAUGAAAGUACUACAAUGUCUACCUCUGACUUUAGUAAGUGGGUACUUGAUAUUGGAAAUGGAGAUAACAUGUGUAAGAAAAAUGCAUUUCAUGAUCAGGAUUUUUUAGUUGAGAUACCAGAUAAUUUUAUAAUUCAUGCGAAUGGUAAUCCGAUUGAUGCGGUUAUAUCGUCUACAUAUCCUAGAUUGAUGCAGAAUUACUCAAAUGAAGAGUAUUUAGAGGAAAGAGCUAUACUAACAGCAAGGAAUGAAGUUGUUGACAUAAUUAACAAUGAAAUUCUAGACAUCGUUCCAGGGGACUAUACCUCUAUAAAAGAUUUGGACCUUACUACUAAAGAUCAAGUAAUCAAGGCGAGGGUUACCAGGUUGUGGGAGAACAUCAAUCCAAUAUCUAAACAAGUAUAUGGAUUACAACUAAUAUUGAUAGAUGAAAAUGAUAAUGAUGUUCAAGGAAACAUAAAAGCAACUGAGAUAUCUAGGUUCAGACCAAUGAUAGAAGAAGGGAGGAUUCAUAUUCUUUCUAAGUUCAAAGUGAUAACUGCGGGCGAGGAAUGUACAGUGACAUUAUGGAACAAAAUUGCAUUGGAUUUAGAAGAUCAAACUCAACAGUAUGACCCAAAUAAUAUGGUUAUGAUAAUCACUGGAAUAUUUGUAACAAAUUUUCGAGGAAAUAAUACAGUUUCUUCUAGCAGCGCGUCGAGAGUAUAUAUCAACAUUGAUGAUCCAAAGGUGAAGGAUUUAUCUCAGAGGUAUGAAUAA